AGCCGUUUGUUUCGGCGGGAAACCCACAAAGUGAGCUUACUUGCUGCUGGUGUAUUUGGUCACAGCUUUGGUUCCUUCACUGACGGCAUGUUUUGCCAGUUCACCGGGCAAAAGCAGCCUGAUAGCGGUCUGGAUUUCGCGAGAGCUGAUGGUCGACUUCUUGUUGUAAUGGGCAAGGCGGGAAGCUUCGGUGGCGAUGCGCUCGAAGAUGUCGUUAACGAACGAGUUCAUGAUGCCCAUGGCUUUGCUGGAGAUACCAGUGUCGGGGUGAACUUGCUUCAACACCUUAUAGAUGUAGAUAGCAUAGCUUUCCCUUCUCUUUCCUCUCCUCUUCUUCUUUCCAUCAGCAAUGGCUUUAGCCUUUCCGGCUUUUUUCUCGCCUUUCUUUCCUGCAACUUUGGCUGGCAUUUUGCUAAAUCAAAAAGGUGAAUAGAUGUGCAGCGCAACUCGUCUUGUAUUUAUAUCAGAAUCGUAAGAGAAUCUAUUACCAUACGGAUCGAAAUUCUCGAUCAAUGAUUGGCCUAUUUCUAUAUGCUAACCCCGGAGGUCAAUUUGUAUAUUAUUCUUUCUUUAAUCAGAAAAUUACAAUGCUAUCAAAUCGCGCGAAGCUUAAAAUUGAUUGGUGCUUUUCGAUCCUUCCUGCAUAAUGAACGAACUAUAAAUAACAGACUUGGUACAAGUUUACUAUUCUUUCUUAUUGUUAACAGUAGAGCAAGUCACAACGAACAUGUCUGGCCGCGGUAAAGGAAAAGCUAAGGGCACUAAGUCUAAGAGCCGCUCAUCUCGAGCAGGCCUUCAAUUCCCAGUUGGUCGAAUUCACCGUCUUCUCCGCAAAGGAAAUUACGCUGAGCGAGUUGGCGCCGGUGCUCCAGUGUACUUGGCUGCUGUGCUCGAAUAUCUGAGCGCUGAGAUCCUUGAGUUAGCGGGCAACGCUGCUCGUGACAACAAGAAGACAAGAAUCAUUCCCCGUCACCUUCAGCUGGCCGUCCGUAAUGACGAGGAGUUGAAUAAACUUCUAGUCGGUGUCACAAUCGCACAGGGAGGUGUUCUUCCUAACAUCCAAGCU